UGGUGGUAGGAUGGCGGAGGUGGUCUCGUUUGCAGUUCCCAGCGAAAGCGACAGAACCUUGCUGGUGUGGGAGCUGAGUUGGGCCCACGGCGGAGGCUUUGCAUUAUUCUCCCAGUUGGACCUUCUGUAUUCGAUCCGAGUCUUCCCAAACGCUGCAGUGGCCCGUCCUGGUUUCUAUGCCAUCAUCAAGUUUUAUUCAGCAAGGGAUGCUCACAGAGCUCAAAUGGCAUGCCACGAGAAGCAUCUUUUUCAGAAUCCUCCAGUGCAGGUUCGUCUUGGCACCAAACAUAAAGCAGUUCAACAUCAGGCCCUUGCCCUAAAUAGCUCCCAGUGCCAAGAAUUGGCAAAUUAUUACUUUGGUUUCAAUGGAUGGUCAAAAAGGAUCAUCAAGCUUCAGGAUCUUUCUGACCUCGAAGAAAGAGAAAAUGAAGAUGCUACGGUACCACUUGAGAAGCAGAGCCUGAAAUUCUUCUGUGCUUUAGAGGUGGUGUUGCCGUCCUAUGAGUGCAGGAGUCCUGGAGUUGGCAUGGCCGAGGAGCCUUUGGAGAAGCUGGAAGAAGGUCUGUUUAUGAGGAUCAGUGUCCACACCCGCCGCAGGGCCUUGGGAGGUGGAGCGGUGACCCACCAUCUAAAGUGCCUUUUUCUGCCCCCAGGACUGUCCAACCCGUUCCGGGGCCUCAUGAAGCUGGGCACCGUGGAGCGGCGGGGGGCCAUGGGCAUUUGGAAGGAACUCUUCUGCGAGCUCUCCCCUCUGGAGUUCCGCCUCUACCUGAACACCGAGGAGCGCACCUGCGUGGAGACCUGCUCGCUACUGCGCUGCGAAUCUGUGGGGCCGGCGCAUAGUGAUGGCCGCUUCGAGCUGGUCUUCUCCGGCAGGAAGCUGGCCCUGAGGGCCUCCUCCCAGGAUGAAGCCGAGGACUGGCUGGACCGUGUGCGGGAGGCCCUGCAGAAGUGCCGGCCACAACAGGAGGAUGAAUGGGUGAACAUCCAGUACCCCGAGCAGCCUGACGACCCUCCGGAUGCCCCUCAGGGUGGCCUCCCCUCCCACCCAGACCUGCUCCCCGAGCCUGACACCCUCCAGGGCACACAGUUCUGCUGGUCCUCUGCCCAAGUUCCCGAGCCAGAUGCUAUUAAAGAAUCCCUUCUGUACCUGUACACGGAUGGGACCUGGAUGCCCUAUAUUUUUUCCCUCUCCUUGGAAUCUCUGAAAUGCUUCCGAGUGAGAAACAACGAGAAGAUGUUAAGUGAUAGCCAUGGAAUUGAGACCAUCCGAGACAUCCUGCCAGACACAAGCCUCGGGGGCCCCUCCUUCUUCAAAAUCAUCACGGCCAAGGCCGUCCUGAAGCUGCAGGCUGGGAGUGCCGAGGAAGCUGCCCUGUGGAGGGAUCUGGUGCGCAAGGUCCUGGCGUCCUACUUGGAGAUGGCCGAGGAGGCCGUGACCCUGGGCGGGAGUCUGGACGAAAACUGUCAGGAGGUGCUGAAGUUCGCCACGCGGGAGAACGGCUUCCUACUGCAGUACCUGGUGGCCAUCCCCACGGAGAAAGGCCUGGACUCCCAGGGCUGCUUCUGUGCAGGCUGCUCCCGACAGAUUGGCUUCUCGUUUGUAAGACCCAAGCUUUGUGCCUUCUCUGGCCUCUAUUACUGUGACAUCUGCCACCAAGACGAUGCCUCGGUGAUUCCGGCCAGGAUCAUCCACAACUGGGACCUCACCAAGCGCCCGAUCUGCCGGCAGGCCCUGAAGUUCCUGACACAGAUCCAGGCGCAGCCCCUCAUUAACCUGCAGCUGGUGAACGCCUCGCUGUACGAGCACGUGGAGCAGAUGCACCUCAUCCGGAGAUGCCGGGAACAGCUGAAGCUUCUGGGGGAUUACCUGGGCCUGUGCCGAAGUGGGGCCCUGAAGGAGCUGAGCAAGAGGCUCAACCACAGGAAUUACCUCUUGGAGUCUCCCCACAAGUACAGUGUUGCCGACCUCCAGCAGAUCGCAGACGGGGUGUACGCUGGGUUCCUCAAUGCCCUCAUCGGAUUCGCCUCCCAGCACGUCUACCACUGCGACCUGUGCACCCAGCGCGGCUUCAUCUGCCAGAUCUGCCACCACCACGACAUCAUCUUCCCCUUCGAGUUUGACACCACAGUCAGAUGUGGCGAGUGCAAGACAGUCUUCCACCAGAGCUGCCAGGCCGUGGUGAAGAAGGGCUGCCCCCGCUGCGCCCGCCGGCGCAGGCACCAGGAGCAGAGCACGCUCAGCUAAGCCAGCGCGCCGUCCCCACCCAAGCUGUCGGGCGGCGGCAGCCCGCUCAGCUCGGCCGUCCCAGCUGGGUUCGGCUUCAGCCUGGAUCCUCUCGAGGUGUCAGGAAGACUCAGAUGGGACCAGCGCGUGAGCCCACCAGAUGAGGCCCUCAAUGAUGUCCCCCAGUCCCUCUCCCCCACCACCCCGUCUGCUCCAAGAGGUGGGGACACCAUCCGAUGCCGCCUCGGCCCAGGGGAAGCAGGCAGGGCAGCUUUGCACUAAUCAGGCCCAGCUCGCCUCACAGACGCGGCCGCUCCAUCAGGGCUGUUAGAACACUGUGGACACAAAACUUGAGCGCAUUCUCAAUUCCACAUUCCUGAUUAAAAGGUCUAGUUUUUUAAGGCAGGUUUUUUUUCCCUUCGUAUUUCAACAGAAAAUAUUUUUUUAUUCUUGACCCUACACAAUUCACCCAAGAAAUCCAGGCACUCUCACGCGGAGCGAACGUGUGGGAACAUUUGGCCUGCAGGCCAGCGGGUGGCGGGUGGGCAGGCCACCGCUGGGCCAGAGCCUGUCGGCUGGACCGGGUGCCUUUCCGUCACCUGCGCCGGGCCCUUGCUGCCCACAGCUCAAGUACGAUGUGUCAAACUGCCCCAGGGGCUGGUGGGACCGGUCCUGAUGACCUCCCUCUUCCUCUCCCUCUCCUCUCUCUGCCCUGCCCUGUCCUCCUCACCUCUCUCCGGGUCAGAGCCCCCUGGCUCCCCUACAGCCUGGGAUCUCGGUCCCCGCGGGAGAAGGGAGUAACUCGGAACCAGCACUGUCAGCACUUUGCGCCUUCCUUGGUCCAGGCCAGGGCUGUCCUCUUCCCUACCCCUCAGCCCCUUGCCCUCCACACCUACGGCAGCCAUGCAGCCGGAUGGGCCAGGGGCUGCUGGAGACACGCUCUCAGGGGGACACCCCCCCUUCCCCACUGCCUGCCUGAGCCCAGAGAAGGCAGUGAGCCGGGGCCAGGGGCCAGCCUUGGGCAUCGUGACUGCCAGGCCCCACACCGUGGAGUGGCGACCCCCGGCCUUCCACAAAGAGGGCCAGGCCUGCUGUGGAGAUGUACGGGGACACGCGGGAGCAGCCACCUUGUGGAAGGAUGCUUAGCCUCAGUUUACAAAGCCAUGAAUUCCCAAAGCUUUGCUGGACUGGCCCAGGAGGGGCGCUGCUGGAGACUAGAAAAUGUCACUGGAGCGUGAUUGCCUUUUCAAGGGGUCUUGGGGUAGAGUGGGAGCCUGGAAUUGUUUUCAAAGUGACAUUUAGACCCUGUGGUUCGGGGGUGAUUUCUCUGCUGCCUUCUCCCAUCUCUCCUGGACCCACAGCCCCCCACCCUGGGUCCUCUGGCCAUCCUGUCUGCUCUCAGCUUGGAUUGGGGGCCUCAGGUGGAGAUUGCCUGUCACUGUCAAGAGAUGAAUCUACUCCCACCUCUCCCUUGGGGUGAUUCGGCUGCUGAGUCACCUGCCCAGCCCUGUGGAGCUGGAUAAAUUGUGCAAUAGAACAGAGGAGGUGGUGGGCAGGGGUGGGGGAGGGGAGGGCUGCCACACAGCUUCUCUGUCCCCGUCACGGAAGAUGGUGCAUACCUAUGCCCAGCACACCAAAGCCUCCUAAACGGGAAAGUGGAUCCUUAUCCCCGUCCCGCACCCCCACAGCCAGCGUUAAUGCUCCCCCACAAACCCAGCCCGAGCACAGCCGCGGGGGCCCCAAUCCCCACGCGGGCAGGGGCUGGCCUGGGAUGGGCAGUGCUGCCCCUGCGGCCAGCCCCGGAGGCCUGGCAUAGGCUGGGUAGGGCCUGUCCUGCCCACGGCCACCUCCCAGGCAUUAGUCGUAGCAUUAGAACCGACCCUCUGCCCAGUACCAGAAAGCUGCUAAUGCUUCCGGAUGAGUUGACUUUUACCCUCUCACCUUCAAUGGAAAGCUGAUGUGAAACUCAGUGGUGCCCACACUAUUUUUAAAAUGCCAUUUUAUGCAAUAAACUGUUUCUAGUGAGGGGCGCUGACCCUGAGUAGCGCUUUGCGAUGUGUGGAAGGAACUGCUGCUGUGUGAUUUUUGAAUGAUUUUGCAGUAAAGACCUGAUUUUUCUCA